AUGUCGAAUGCCCGUCAUGGACCUAAGCGUGGGGGAAUUUCUGCUUUGCGCGCAGCAUCUGCGCUGUCCUUAAGCAAUACAGAAUCGUCUUUCGAUCCCAAGCUCCCGUCCUCCACACAAAUAUCGAACUCAGCUUUACUCGACUCACACUCACCACCGCAGAACCUCGACCUCGCUCUGGGAGCGUCGAAUGUCCUCGAUUUCGCUCAUCACCAAACCAACAACAAUAGUAAUACAGACAAUCUGGAUUUCCCAAGUUUAGAUGCCGAUGCUCACGAUGAGCUCUUGCAAGAUGCGGCCUUUCCAGAGUGGAGAGAUGACUCAGGCACAGGUGCCGACACGCUCGAGACACCAGAAGAGAUGCAACAGAAGGAUCCUCUAGGCACUCAAAUAUGGAAGCUCUAUAGCCGAACGAAGACUCGGUUGCCAAAUCAGGAGAGGAUGGAAAACCUGACCUGGAGGAUGAUGGCCAUGAAUUUACGUCGCCGCGAGCAGCAAGCAGCACUUGCAGCUCAAAGGGCACAAGAAGAAGCUGCAGCGAAAUCGCAACAGCAAGAUCCCCAGCCUGUGCCUAACUCACAUUCAUCCAAAGGCAGCGGCAUUACUCAGCUUAGAGAGUCGUCACAACAAGCUGCUGAGCCAUUUCCCGAUGCCAUGAAUUUGGACGACUUUAUAGUUCCUACUUCGGUCGCUUCACCAGCCGGCUUGCCGACCCCGUCAUCAACAGAUGCCCCGCCGCACCAUCCCAUCGCCAUCAACCAAAAGCAGAAAGACAAGCUUCAAGCACCCAUCGUCCCCGCCUCGUCUUUGCCGAAAGAUCGAACUGGAUUUGAGGGUCUUCCACGCCGAAUGCGGAAGACCAGUGUCGAUGACAGGCGAACAGGACGCAAAAGACCAGCCGACUUCUCGCCUCAAGUCCCACCUUUGGUUAUGCCUGCAGGAGAGCAAAGAGGAAGCACGCCUGGUUUGCCCGAGUACAGCUUGAAUGACACCUCGAUAUACCCUCAUCAGCAUCACAUCAACACUAACAUUCCCGUGCAAUUCUCGGGUUACAGUGGGAUGAACGAUGAUCCGGUACUUUCGUCAGCUGGACCAUUCCAGCAGAACUUCAGCUUCUCUCCAGCGGCCUCACCUAUGGUCUCUCAUGGUCCUUUCUCUGCGAUGUAUCAGCAGAGUUCUGUGCCAUCAUCUGUAAAUUCCGCCGGCGGAUUCUACUCGCCGCCUCAAUCUGGCUACCCUUCGGUCGCGUCGACGCCUCAAGCCAUCCCGGAACAAGACGGCCAGUAUUAUUUUGAGCAAAAUGCCAACGAUUAUCGGCACCCUCGGCAUAUGAGGCCCUACCAAAAUGUCCGCUCUGCGCAUAUGAUGGCUCCAGUGCCGUCUCAUUUCAACUAUACGCCCAGUCAAGAGCAGCUAUAUCACUCAUUGAACUCAAUGGGCUCAGCGCCGCAGUUGAAUGGCUAUAUGAUGCCGCAGCAACAUGUUGAUCCGAGCAGAGUACUCGGAGUUUCACCCUCGCACCUCCCUGGACACGAAAAUAUGUUUCAGUUUGGCGCAGACUCUGACAACGAGGACGAGGAGGGCAAUUUCGCCGAUCGCAACAUCAUGAUGCAGGAAGACUAUUCUGGUCAGAAUGGUGAGCAUAGCAUGGAUCUGAACGGCGGAGUACACUGGGACUCGAAUGCGUCAGAAUAUGGCUCCAUGCAAAGGAAACAAGUCAGAAUCGGCGGAUCUGAAAUGGUCAAUUCUCCGGAUUGGAGCGGCAGCGUGUUGAGUCGCACUUAUGGAUCUGCAGCGUCCAUCAGUGAUAUACGGGAUCGGAACAUGGAUCCUAGGCGACAGACGAAAUUGCCACGAACGACAUCAACUCCUGCACUUGCUGGACACCCAUCACAGGUCCAUGUGACUUCUCCUCCGGAAUCAGGGUUUAGCAGCCGUGCUCCUUCGCGCCCCGGCAGUCCGGGACCGAAGAGUAUGGAAGCAAACGGAGCGCCAACGACCUGCACAAAUUGUUUCACGCAGACUACUCCACUAUGGCGAAGGAACCCUGAAGGUCAGCCGUUGUGUAAUGCUUGUGGUCUGUUCCUCAAGCUUCACGGCGUGGUGCGGCCACUCUCGCUGAAGACCGAUGUCAUUAAGAAGCGAAAUCGAGGUAGCGGUAACAGUGCUCCAGUGAGUGCUACCUCGACCAGGUCCAAGAAGCCCUUGCCACGGAAGAAUUCAGUCCAAAUUUCGGCAAUGACGCCCAACGUCAAUGGAGCGCUCAGUGACCACAACUCGGCCUCGCCAGGCUCUGUUCAAGGUUCUGCACACUCUGGAUCAGCUGUGACGACGCCCACAAGCUUCACUGGCACGACCGGCGGCAAGCCAGGAGUUGUGCCAAUUGCAGCAGCACCACCGAAACCGCCUGUUCAGGGUCUGAACCAGAGCCGUCCGAUGCAAGUAGCUCCAAAGCGUACAAGAAGACAAUCUCGCAUCUCUGCGAGCGCUAUUGCUCUGGCACCUAGCAGCGCUCCAGCAUCCGCGGAUGGCGACUCGCCGGACUCGUCGAAGUCUGGUGGAUCUUCGGCUACCCGCAUGAGACCUGCCAAUCUUUCCCAGUCGUUCGGCCCGUCAACAAUGGCAGCUGUGAUGUCGCAGAAUGGCAUGACUCCUGCAAAUGUGACUGGUCCUCCGGGGCCUCGAGGUGCUGGCGGUCAGAACAGUCAAGAGUGGGAAUGGCUCACAAUGAGUCUAUAG